CAAAUCUCACCUAGCAACUAAAUAGACUCACAACGUUUAUACCCAUUGUACCUUUAGGACUGUUGUUUACGUAAGGCAGUUUUUGGGGCCAUCGAUUUAUCUAAAUUCAACAACAUGGCGACUACUAGCAGCGAUGAGGCAAAUCAAAUGAUGCCAAUUUUGGAAGAGGAAAGUGUAACCGAUGUGCAGCAUGGUGUAGAAGAAGAGAUUAGCAUAACAAAUCAAGAAAAUGAAGGGGAAACCGGUGAACAAAAAAAAGAAGAUGAAAACGAGGAUAUUGUAGAUGAAAACGAGGAUAGUGUAGACGAAAACGAGGAUAGUGUAGAUGAAAACGAGGAUAGUGUAGAUGAAGAGGCUGAAGGAGAAAGGGAACUUAAGAAAAAAGAAGACCAGGAUCCUGAUACGGACUUAGAAAUUGAAGAAGAAAAGUCAGAGUUUGAUUCCGACAUGCGAGGAAUUUAUAUGUGUGCUUGCAAACAUUUAGGUGUUGUACCCUGUUCUUAUUUCUUACGGCAUUUGAAUGAUAAAGAAUUGAAAUUGAGGCAUCACGGUCUAGGAAAACUUGGCGCCAAAGCAAUAGCCCUGCCUAUGCAGAGCAAUACAUCAACCCUUAUCCUAGAUCUUCAUGAUAAUUGGUUGGAAGCUGAAGGCGGUGACGCAAUUGCUUCGAUGUUAUUGGAGAAUUGUUACAUUUCCGAUGUUGACUUGUCCGAUAAUCGUCUAGGAAGCAAAGGUAUAGAAUCUGUCUGCAACAUGCUAAUGCAAAACACUGUAAUUCAAAAUAUAAAUUUGUCCGGAAAUGAAAUUUCAGAUCAUGAUGCUAAAAUCAUGGCGGACGCAAUAAACGAAAAUAACCGCAUCAGACAUUUAAACUUAAGUCAUAACGAAUUUUCCGAAAAAGCCGGUAGUAUCAUCGGACCAGCUGUUUCGGAAAACGAGACCAUUGACAAUUUAAAUUUAAGUUGGAAUCAUUUUAGACGCGCCAGUGCAAUAAAGCUAUGUGAGGGAAUUUCGGAAAACAUGGGCCUUCGUAAAGUCAAUUUAUCAAUGAAUGGCUUUGAUGAUGAUGUUGCGUUUGCUAUUGCUGACAUAAUUAAGAAACACCACACACUUCUAAUUCUGGACGUUAGUUAUAACAGAAUAUCAGAUCCUGGGGCAUUGGUAAUCGGAAAGGCUUUAGAGGUUAAUGAUGUGUUAAAAACAUUUAAAAUAGGACAUAACAAAUUUGGUGUUGAGGGCACGAAGGCUAUACUACAAGGGAUCAGCUCUCCUUAUUCGAUCGUUGAAGAACUUGACCUAAGUGGUGUUGAAGUUGACAAAGAAUUUUUGAAUAUGACGAAAGAAUUGGAUAAAAUACGCCCCGUCAAAGUUAUACAUGGGCCAAUCUUGUCAAAGUUUAUUAUCAAAAAGAGGAUGAGAUCCGAAAACGAUGCUCUGUAUUUUGAUGUUCCGAAGGAAACUGUCAACCCUUCAAACAUUUUAGAUCUGGUAAAUAAUUACUGUAUCAAUAACAAAGUAGAGGUGCACGAGUUCUUAGAAGGAAAGUGUGACGAGAAAAAGAAAGUGGAAAUUCCUGUGUUUUUAUCCUGUUUGAAAUCAGCUGGACUUUUACUGACCGAAGAUCAGAAUAAACUUCUCAAUAUCUUGCUUGAAGAAUGUACUGACCAAACCUCAAUUGAUGUGAGCAUGUUCUUAGAUUAAAACAUUUACGUAUUGAAAAAUACGAGAAUUUUUCA